AUGGAGGAAGAGACUCUGCUGGAGGACUCAAAGGAACUGGACCGGGACAAGAAGUCUUCUUCUGAAAGGAAAGCGACAGCAGCCCAGUCCCAGACCGGCACCACCAAGUCAACUAAAACAUCUACCAAGUCUUCAACGACCGCAACUAAACCGCAAACUGCCGGUACCAAGAACGCACCCAAGGUGUGUGGAUCUAAUACCAAGUCCAAGGGGAAAAGUCCCCUCGGUCCUCAGCAGCCUGACAUUGCGAAUAAUCGGUUUGUGAAGAUCGAAGGUUUACCAGAAACUGGAUAUACAGAGGAAGAUGUUCUGGCUCUGGUGAAGCCUUACGGAUAUAAACCUGGACUCUACAACUGUUUCAUUCUGCCCAACCAGAGAUGGGCCAUAAUCCGUAUGGAGCGAGAACAGAAGAGCUUUGCUAUGUUGACCAACUACACAGAGACCCCUCCUAAACUACUAGACUGUUCCCUCACCUUCACGCUGACCCGCCCUGAUACAAACCUCCUCCAGGAUCCAACGUUGAAGGAACGUCUUCUGAUUGUCAGUAACGUCCCCGCAGGGACUGCAGCAGCCCAGGAGGUUCACGACCUCGUCAAACGCUUCGGCUCCUACCGCGACUCGCUGUCUCUGAUCAACAGGGAUGCAAUCUACAGUCCCAAGUGGAUUCCAGACCGUGGUCGGCACAUCGGGAUGCAAUCUACCGUCCCAAGUGGAUUCCAGACCGUGGUCGGCGCAUCGGGAUGCAAUCUACCGUCCCAAGUGGAUUCCAGACCGUGGUCGGGUCGGGAUGCAACAGUCCAAGUGGAUUCAGACCGUGGUCGGCGCAUCGGGAUGCAAUCUACAGUCCAAGUGGAUUCCAGACCGUGGUCGGCGCAUCGGGAUGCAAUCUACCGUCCCAAGUGGAUUCCAGACCGUGGUCAGCGCAUCGGGAUGCAAUCUACAGUCCCAAGUGGAUUCCAGACCGUGGUCGGCGCAUCGGGAUGCAAUCUGCAGUCCAAGUGGAUUCCAGACCGUGGUCGGCGCAUCGGGAUGCAAUCUGCAGUCCAAGUGGAUUCCAGACCGUGGUCGGCGCAUCGGGAUGCAAUCUACCGUCCCAAGUGGAUUCCAGACCGUGGUCGGCGCAUCGGGAUGCAAUCUACCGUCCCAAGUGGAUUCCAGACCGUGGUCGGCGCAUCGGGAUGCAAUCUACCGUCCCAAGUGGAUUCCAGACCGUGGUCGGCGCAUCGGGAUGCAAUCUGCAGUCCCAAGUGGAUUCAAGACCGUGGUCGGCGCAUCGGGAUGCAAUCUACAGUCCAAGUGGAUUCAAGACCGUGGUCGGGGGCAUCGGCCCGGACGCCAAUCUAUUUUGAGAUGGAAUCGUCGUCGGUGGCGAUGACCGUGUGUCUUCAUUUCCAGAAGUCUCCCAGUGUAGUUCAGAACAACCCUCUGAAGUUCACCUUGCUGGUCAAGGAUAAACCAGCACCGCAGCCCCCAGCCCAGAAGACAUCUGUUGUCAGCACCAAAGCCAAGAAGAAACCAAUCAAAGGCAAGAAGCCUGUAGCUAAAGAUGUCACAACCCCAGUUAAACCUGUUACUCCCACAACUACCAGCGCCAAUGCUACGGUCUCAUCCUCUCAGCCUGUUGCCGUGGCGACCAAGCAAACGGUUGACGACGUCAUCGUCGCGGAGGCCAAGCAACCAGGAAGUGCCGUCGUGGUGACGAAUUCCGACGGAAAGGCAACGGUGGCGGAGUCUGGAGGGAAAGAGGGUGGGAUUUCCUCGACUAAAGAUGGGAAGAAGAACGCUCAUCCUCCCAAAGAGGAUGGAGGGAUGAAAACUGAGGAGGAGUCAAACGGAAACAAGGAAGACACUGCGACUGUCGUCGUUUCCGCUUCGUUACCUACGGUCGCCGUGUCCGCUCCCGAGGAAGAGGUCGCCAUGGAAACCCAGAGCACCGACGGCGUCGCCUCGACCAAUGAGGUUGCAGCAGAACCCGAACAGGUUCUAGCUGAGGUCCCACAACAGGGCAGUGAUGUCAUUGCGUUGGCUAGUGAAACCGUGACGACUGUGGCCACAACAGAACCUCGUCUGAUCUCCGCUGUGGAGGGAGCUGAUAAAGUGGCCAAUCCCGUCGACUCUGACACCGUUGCUGCCUUGGUACCGGCACAAACACCGGCUCCUGUCCCGGUAGAGUUAAAUGUUGAAGACAAACCUCAGGACUUUCCUCCGGUCACCGAGGAGAUCCUCAAGGCCCUGGAGGCAGCGCUGGGGAGACGAGGCGGAGAGAAAGACCCGGCCGAGUCAGAAGAGAAGACUGGGGAGAAAGAGACGGCGAAGAAAGAGGAGCCACGACCAGAGAAGAAGUCACAGCCGGACAAGAAGACCACCGACACGAAGAAGACACCUUCAGGAUCUGGCCAACCAGACCACAAGAAUGGGAAGACCGAGGCUUCCGGAGGGAGAGGCCGGCGCCUCUCCCCAGAAAGGAGAGACUCUUCAAGGCAUAGAAGCAGCCGGGCUCCUUCCGAGGAGGAGCAGGAUCCUUCGACGUCUAGACAGGGUAACUCCUCUAGCUCCUCUUCUGGCUCCCGCAGGAGCGCCAGACACGACGGCAGCCCCGCCAAGAAGAAGGGGAGGAAAGAAGAGGGAGAGGAGAGGAGCAAGAGCCUCGGUAGCAGCAGUAAAACGACCCUCUCGUCGAGGAGCAGGUCUAAAGACACGGCUAGUUGCUACGCUGGAGAUGAGUUUACGUCUGACGUCAUCCCCGAUGAAGGCAUCUCCUUCGAUCUGGACCAGUUCAACAUGGACCAGUUUGUUACUGUGGAUGAGGUGCAAGGGGAUGAGGCUGAGAACACCAACCCACCGCAGUCAUCCUCAUCUCCGUCGCACAAUACCCAAGAUAAGGCCUCGGAAAGGUCAAAACGAUCGUCCAAACGCAAGAGGGGUACCCCAGAUACCCCAUCUCCGAAGUCUAGCCUGGAGCACAAGGAGACACCCACGUCCUCCUCCUCUACCCCCCCUGCUCAGAAGACUCCACGAAAAGCCGCAGCAAAAAAGGCAGCAGCUAAACCUCAACCACCUGCCACCUCUGGGCGCAAGACCAGGUCAUCAGCAGCUGUUGUUGUAGCAACCGAAGCCGCAGAAACCCAGGAAGCUGCCGAGGAAAACACCAGCAUAGCCGAUACGGAGGCGGAGCCUGUUCCCUUGGAGACUCGGUCUCAGUCGGAAGAGGAAGUCGUAGUGGUCACUAAGGGAUGUGACACGGAGGCUGUAGUACCGUCAUCCCACCACAAGAUGUCAGUGUUGGACACUGCAGUGACCGACAACAAGGAAGAGAAAAGUGCUGUGUCAGAAAGCGAUAUGGAGACGACCGCUGAAAAACUUCCAGAGCUAGAGGGGAGCGAGGAGACGACCCAGGCUGAAGAAGGUUCCUCGAUUCUGGGUACUGAGGCUCAGAAUGGAGCCUGUCCACUGGAGCUUGGUCUGACCCAUCCGUCUGCCUCAGCCAAGGAGCGAAACCUUCAGAAGGCCCUGCAACUACUAGAGGUGGAGACGGUGUCGGGUCACCAGGUGCCCCAAUCACUUAUUGAUAAAGUACCUGAUGAUGAUGGUGAUUUCCAGAUACUCGACGAAGCUGUGGACGAUGACACACCUAGAGACGGAGAAGAGGCCAGUCAAGACACUCAAGAACAGUCUGGAUCUCUAUCUCUGGGUUACCAGGCGCCUGCAGCCUCCGGAUCUACAGAGUCCCAGGUGCCUCAAGCUACACUAGAGGAACACGAAGAGAUCUCCAACUACGAAGAAGAAGAAUCUGCUUUCCAGAUCCUCGACUCUCUAGAAGACACCGAAGACAACAUGGCCGACUCCUCUCUCGCAGGCCAAGGAGGCCGAAGAGAUUCUCUACCCAGAGAGAUGGAGGGGUUCCAGAUACUAGAUUCAGUCGACGAUCAGACGGAAACGACCCAAGUUCUGGACAACCAUACGACUGACUCUAAAUGUCAGGGGGGCUCCAAGCCUCUAAAGGGGGGCAAGAAGACACCCCAAAAGAAGGGGAGGAAGGAGAUUAAGAAGGUAUCCAAAACUCAAGAGGUGACCAAGACCCCAACAGGAGAGUCCGAGGGGGGUACCCCGAAAAAGAGUAACCUUGUCACCUUGGAUGAGGUCAGCGAGGAGGAGGAGGAUUACCCAGAUGACGCCGCCGAAGAGGAAGAACUUAUUAAGAAACAAAAACUGGUGAAGGAGAAGCAGCGAGAGAAGGACAGAGGGAAGGAGAGAGAGAAAGGGCGGAGGAGGAGUAGAGAGAAGGAACGGACGAGGGAGGAGGAGAGGGUCGGAGUGGAUACUGAGGGCUUGGUGACUUUGGAUGAGAUCGGAGAGGAUGAAGGAGCAGAGGGGCCUUGCCUGGAGCCACACCCCUUCAGCCAGGAGGACGAAUCAGGAGACACCUUCAACCCAGAGACUCUGGUAACCCUGGAUGAGGCUGGAGGUGAUGGGGAGGAGGAAGAGCAGAACAAGAGUCCUGAACCAGCGCAGAACCAGCAAGCUGACCACACAGCUGAUGCUACAGGGUCUCCUGGUGCAGAGGACGAUGGCAGGGGCAUGGAGGAAAUCAGGAGAAUGGACUUUGUGACCGUGGAUGAAGUGGGAGAGGAGGAGGAGGAGGAGGAGGAGGAGGAGGAGGCUGUUACCACAAGGAAAGGAGCCAGGGGGAGGAAGAGGGCCCGACAGACCUCUGCCAGGAAACCAGUGAAGGUGAAGAAGGUGAGAGUUAAAGAAGAGGAAGAGGAGGAGCCUCGGGCAGAUACGACUCCUCCCACUGACACAGCUUCUGUUGACGCUCCCUCCUCAUUGCUCCAAGUCGCUGUGACCUCAGAGGUGGACGCCCAACCAGCUGCCUCGGUCCCAGACCUCCAGGAGAAAGAGAGGAAGGCUGAUACCCCGGCAGACCAACCCAGCCUGGAGGCCUCCUCAGCAGGGCAGGAGAGGCAGACGAACCCCCCUGAGAACCAGAGUCUGGAGGGGAAACGGGAGACAACAGAUAUCAGUGUUGGAAAAGCUUGGACUGACUCCACGACACCACAAGAAGCCAGUGAACAGAGAAGAGAGGAGGAUGAGGAGCCUGAAUUAAAACGUUGUCGUUCUGAGUCUCCUCUGAUCACAGACUUCAAACUGCCUCCCUUCAGCCCUCACAACCCUAUAGGCCAGGACUUUGUGGUUCCUAAGACAGGGUUCUUCUGUAGGUUGUGUUCUCUGUUCUACGGGAACGAACACACAGCCAAGAAGACCCACUGCAGCAGUCUGCAACACUAUCAGAACAUGCAGAAAUAUUACCUGAAGCGUCAGAAGCAACAAGCAGGAAGUUCUAGCCUCGGCUCCGUCUCCAAAUGACCCCCUUUACCCUGAAUGUUUCCCAAAUGGCACCCUAUACCCUAUAUAGUGCACUACUUUCAGACCAGAGCCCUAUUCCCUACAUAGUGCACUACUUUCAGACCAGAGCCCUAUUCCCUAAAUAGUGCACUACUUUUAGACCAGAGCCCCAUAGUGGUGCCAUUUGACUCCCAACUCAAUCAAUCUAUAUUUCUAAUUUGUGUGUCUGAAACAAGUGUCUGGUCAUAA